AUUAAAUAAUUAUUAUAUAAAAUAAUAUUUAAUUCUUAAAUAUAUAUAUAAUAUUAUAUGUUAAAUGUGAGAGAAGGGCAAAAAUUUCAAAAAAAAAGUUAUUUUUAUAGAAAAAUCGUAGUCAAAGCGCGUGUGGCCUAAUUUUUGUACGGAUGGGGUUUUUUAAACUUUAUUUUAUAUCAUAGAGGGGUAUUUGAUACUUUAAUUUUCAUAGGGGGGUUUUUGAACAAUCCUAUUAUCACAUGGGGUCUUUGAAUUUUUCCCCAAAUUAAUCCCAAAGACGGAUAUGGGAUGCAACCAAAUAAACACGGCCUUAAUGUACUGAGCUGGAUAGAUCCCGUUUGAUUUGACCGACAAUAGCGAUUAUGUGGCUAAUUAAUUUUAUACUAAUCAUACCAUUGAAAUAUCCUUUUUUUUUUAAAAAAAAAAUAUGAAGUAUAAUUGUUGUAGAAUUUGGAGUAUGAUGAUGGUGGGGAAAACAGAGAGAAUAUGUGGCCAUGUGGGACACCCGGCCCGGCGGAACCGUAUAAACCCCAAAUGGAAAUGACUAAUGAGCUUUUUCAAACUAAUAAUUAGAGUGAUCCUUUAACAAUGAUAAAGUAGUAGUAAAAUGUUACUCUUCUUAAACUCGUGUUGUCUGAGUAAGGACAGUUUGCUUGUUCUUUUUCAGUCAUUUAUUUUACUAAUCAAUCUAAUAUAAACUCAAAAAAUAUUUGAUCUUAUUGUCUGGUCAAGAAACAAAAUUCAAUAACUAGGUAGAGAUGGUUAUGGAAAUUCAGACCAAGAUGGAUGAAAAUUAUCCUACUAUUCUGGUUGGUUUUAGCAUAAUUAGUAAUAAUAAUCAUCAAAUUGGUGUUUAAACGAGCUACAGUAUAUAUAUGGUGGCAUCAAUGUAUAAUUUAUCUGCUGCCAAAAUAGAACAACAUAUACUUGCCUUAUUUUUGCUCCCUCCCUCCCAAAAUACAACAUCCAACUUCCACACCCCGUUUCCAGAAGAAUAUUAAGAAAGAUUCACCCGAAGAUGGGCUGUCUGAACCAGAAACUCUCUUCAUUCUUGAACAACAAAUGCUGGUUUUUGUGGCUGCAAUGUGGAUACAGUCUUGUGCUGGAAUUGGGUACUUGUUCGGUAGUAUUUCACCAGCGAUCAAGACCUCUUUGAACUAAAAUAAGAGGCAGGUUGCCAGGUUAGGGGUGGCUAAAGAUUUAGGUGAUAGCGUGGGAUUCUUGACUGGCAGUUUGUCUGAGAUUUUGCCGUUGUGGGUUGCUCUUCUUAUCAGUGUCAUUUGUUGGAUAUGGUUGGGUUUGGCUUGUUCUCACCGGCAGAGUUCCUGUUUUGCCGUUAUAGGCUUAUGAAUGGUAGAGACAAAGGCGUAAAAAGAGAGAUUAAACCCAUCACUCACGUGGAUAAUCUCAGAAACGGUUAAGGGCAAUCUUAUACCCGAAAAAGGUGGGCCACGAUCGCGAGAUGACCUGUCGUGGAAGCGGGUAUUAGGAUCGUGCAGAGGACACGAAAAGGGAUCAGUAUAAAAAGAAGAAGGAAGAGAGAAAAAAGGGUUGGUCUGGCUUUUAUAUUUCACUUUUCAUAUUCUUUAGUAUCUCUUUUACCGGAUAAAAUUCUCUAUACUGACUUGAGCGUCGGAGUAUCUACGCCGGUACCAAACCCGGCUAGGUAACGCUUGUUCUGUUUUCAGGAUAUAAAGGGUUCGACAGAGUGACAGGGACGAUAACAAGCGCGACCCGCGAUCUCGGUCGGAUCAUUUGGCGCCGUCUGUGGGAACGUCAGGUGACGGAUUGGAACGCGUUUGAGAAAUGGAGACGCCUGCAGAAGAUCAAGCACCCGUUGUACAUUUAUCACGGCAAGAAAUGGACACUCCCAUGACUGAUCGGGAGGGAACCGUGCAACUGACACGACGGGAAUUACAACAAAUGAUGGAAGAAGCAGGGAGGAAGGCCUUGGUAGCCUAUGAGAGAAGAACGGAAACUCCUUUAGAAAAGGAAAUAGCGGGAAAAAGGUUGUUUCAGGAAAGAGUCGAGGUGCAAGACAAUGAAGGAAUGAGUAGACCGGGGGCGAAUAGGAGGGGCCCGCAACCCUCUGAUGUGGGAUCCAGUAGCAGGGCUUUAAGCCGUCCUAGGGGACCAGCCAUAUCUCGAGCUGAGGUGGAUAAUGUUAGUAAGCAAAUAGCCCAGUUAGGAAAGCAAAUAGACGAACUCAAGAAGAGAGGAGAAAUAGUAGCCCACAAUCAUAAUUCGCCAUUUGCUAACCGUAUACUUACAGAACUGGUCAACCCGAGCUUCAAGAUGCCCGACCUCCCGAAGUAUGAUGGAACUCGGGACCCACAAGAGCAUCUGGCUGCUUUCGAUAUGGUAAUGAAUUUAUAUGGACAGUCGAGCUCUAUAAUCGCCAAGUUAUUUGUUACCACGCUAACAGGAAAGGCCCAAGAAUGGUUUACGAACUUGCCCCCAGGCAGCAUAGAUUCGUAUGAGCAACUAGCACAAAAGUUUGCAUUCCACUUUGCAAGCAAGAGAAAACAGAAGAGAUCAGCUACACAUUUAUUUACUAUUCGACAGGGGGAAAAGGAAAGUCUGAAAAAUUUUAUGGGACGUUUUAAUAAUGAAACGUUGGAGGUGCAGGAUCUUAGGAUAGACAUGAUGACCAGUAUCCUAAUCCAUAGAUUGAAGAAAGGAGUUUUUGCAUCGGCUCUAGCACGGGACCCGCCAAUAGAUGCAGAGCAGUUGAUGGCAGUGGCGCAAAAAUACAUUGAUGAAGAGGAGAUGAAUGCAAUGAAAGAUGAGGAGUGGAGAGUUACAUCAGAACGAGCAAGAGAUGGGAGAUUCACCAGAGAUCGGGAUGCGCGACCAAAAAAGGAGAAAGAAAGGGAACCUCCUUAUCAGCCGAAAUAUAGCAGGUAUACCCCUUUAAAUAUGACUAGGGCUAAAGCCCUCAUGCUGGUGGAAAAAGAUAAUGUUUUGAUGUGGCCGAGGCAUACGAGGAUUACUCCAGCCAAAAGACAUUCGAAUAAGUAUUGUCGGUUUCAUCGAGAAAGAGGGCAUGAUACGGAGGAAUGCUAUCAAUUAAAAGAUGAGAUAGAGCGACUGGUGCGACAAGGGUAUUUCAGGAGACAGAACCCCCAUACUUUUGAAGAAAGGAGACGAGAUGGGAGGGGCAGAUCGAGUAGUAGGGACCGCAGGUCAAAUUGGGCAGAGGAGCGAAGGACUCAGACAGUGGCGGAGAACGCGCCUGUGAAAGGCAUUAUCCACACUAUUGCAGGAGGAUCAGAGGGAUGGUCGAGAAGAGCUAGAAGGAGAUUCGAGAGAGAGACUAGGUGGGAGCGACGUAAGCAAGGAGUGCAUAUAACGAGCACCCAUGAGAUCGUAUUUGGAGAUCAAGAUGCAGGAACCAGGGUCGUGACAGAUAACAGUGAAAAAAAUGAAAAGAGAAAAUUUCAAGGAGAGAAGAAAGAAGAUUGGCAGGCACUGAAAGCGGGGAUAAUCGAACCUGUUGAUCAUAAAGAGGUAGAGUUGAUACAAGGAGACCCGACCAAGGUCACCAAAAUAGGCUCCAACUUGGGACAGUUCGAGGGAAUCCUGAUUACUUUUUUAAGAAGUAACGUAGAUAUGUUUGCAUGGGAUCCGUCAGAUUUUCGGGGUAUAAACCCGGAGGUGAUAGUACACAGGCUAAACGUAGACCCAUCCAUGCGACCUGUCCAACAGAAGAAGCGAACCUUCGGAGGUGAGAAAAAUGCGAUCAUUGAGGGAGAGGUAAACAAACUACUUAAAGCGGGUUAUGUAUCCGAGGUUCAAUAUACGGAUUGGUUGGCCAAUGUGGUCGUGGUGCCGAAGCCAGGGGGUAAGUGGAGAAUGUGUACAGACUUUACGGAUCUCAAUAAGGCAUGUCCGAAAGACCCUUACCCGCUUCCCAGGAUUGAUGUCCUAGUUGAUUCGACGGCUGGAUAUAAGACAUUUUCCAUGAUGAAUGCAUAUCAAGGAUACCACCAGAUUUUUAUGGCACCAGAAGAUCGAAUAAAAACAUCCUUUGUAACUGACCGUGGGAUUUAUUGUUAUAAUGUUAUGCCUUUUGGAUUGAAAAAUGCAGGGGCAACAUAUCAAAGGUUGGUGAACAAGAUGUUUGCUCGACAGAUAGGGAAAACCAUGGAGGUGUAUGUGGAUGACAUGUUGGUUAAAAGUCAACAACCAGAUGGUCAUUUGGAACAUUUGAAGGUAGCUUUUGCGAUCAUGAAAGAACAUGGGAUGAAGCUUAAUCCUAGCAAGUGUACAUUCGGAGUAGGCGGGGGCAAAUUUCUUGGAUACAUGGUCAGCGAACGUGGGAUUGAAGCUAAUCCAGAGAAGAUAGAGGCCAUACUGAACCUGAAGUCGCCUACAUCCAUUAAGGAAGUUCAGAAGUUAACAGGUAGAAUUGCUUCUCUUAAUCGCUUUAUUUCUAGGUCUGCAGAUCGCAAUUUACAUUUCUUUAAAAUAUUGAGGAAAGUAAAAGGAUUCAAUUGGACCGAGGAAUGCGAGCAAGCUUUUCAGGAGUUAAAGACUUAUCUGAGAUCGCCGCCUCUUUUGGCGAACCCUAGAGAGGGGGAUGUAUUAUAUCUUUAUUUGGCUGUUUCGGAUAAUGCGGUUAGUUCAGUAUUGAUAAAAGAAGAGGGAAAGGUGCAGAACCCGGUGUACUAUGUAAGUAAGAUGUUGCAAGGAGCAGAAACUAGAUAUGCGGAGAUCGAAAAGUUAGCGUUGGCGGUGGUGGUGACAGCCAGGAAGCUAAGGCCAUACUUUCAAUCACAUCGGAUAGUGAUACGAACUAAUCAUCCACUCCGAAACAUUCUUACCCGACCAGAGGCUUCGGGUAGAAUGAUAAAGUGGGCAGUUGAGUUGGGGGAGUUCGACAUCACCUAUCAGGGUCGCACAGCAGAGAAAGCUCAGAUUUUGGUUGACUUCAUGGUGGAGAUAUCCGGUACCCAGAAAGAUGUAGAAACAUGGAUGUUACAUGUGGAUGGAUCCUCCAAUGCCAACAAUGGAGGAGCAGGGAUAUUGAUCGAAGGACCAGCAGGCAUGGAGAUUGAGGUCGCUGCUCGACUGUCUUUUCCUGUUACAAAUAAUGAAGCCGAGUACGAAGCUUUACUCUUGGGUUUGGAGCUAGCACUAGAAGCUGGAGCGCAGAUUCUUGAAGUAUACACUGACUCGCAACUAGUCGCGAUGCAAGUUGAAGGAAUAUAUGAAACUAAAGAAAGAUCUAUGACAGAUUAUCUGAAGAAAGCAAAAGAACGGAUGCAGAAAUUCUCCAAGUGCACUGUUCGGCAAAUUCCCAGGAAUGAGAAUGAAAGAGCCGAUGCGUUAUCAAAGUUAGGAGCUACGCUGGCAGGAAUAAAGGAUAGAAAAAUCACAGUGAUCGUAAAAGAACGAUCAGCGAUCUCUGAAGGAAUAGAAACUAAUAUGGUAACUUCAAGAUGUCUGUGGAUAGAAGAUAUAGCAGCAUACCUGAGGGAGGGGAUUUUGCCUAUUGAUGCCGGACAUGCUAGGCGCAUUAAAUUUAAGGCUCCCAGGUUUGCCCUAGUAGGAACACAAUUAUAUAAAAGAACAGUCGAGGGACCCCUCCUCAAAUGCUUGGAAGACGUACAAGCCAGGUAUGUUCUACAAGAAAUUCAUGAAGGUAAUUGUGGAAAUCAUUCGGGGGCUAGAUCCUUAGCUCAGAAGGUGACCCGGCAGGGAUAUUUUUGGCCCACACUAAUGAAGGAUUGCAAGGAGUUCGUACGAAGAUGUGAGAAGUGCCAGAAAUUCGCCUCACAGAUCCACACUCAUGCGGUCCCGAUGAUCCCUGUUCCCAUUACAUGUCCAUUCGACCAAUGGGGUAUAGACAUUAUAGGACCGUUUCCUCCAGCGCGAGCUCAGAAAAAGUUUGUCAUAGUCGCGGUGGAAUACUUUUCGAAAUGGGUGGAGGCAGAAGCUGUCUCCAAAAUCACGGAAGGAGAAGCAAUAAACUUUAUAUGGAAAAACAUAAUUUGCAGGUUUGGAAUACCUCGGAUAUUGAUAUCCGAUAAUGGGACCCAAUUUCAAGGGAGGAAAAUAAUUGCGUGGUUGCACGAGCUGAAGAUACAGCAAAAUUUCACGGCGGUAGGACAUCCCCAAUCGAAUGGUCAGACGGAGGUCACAAAUAGAACCAUAUUGCAACAUCUGAAAGCCAGGUUGAGUUCGAAGGCAGAAUGGAGCGAUGAGCUCCCAGGAGUACUAUGGGCCUAUAGAACAACUCCUCGAACCUCAACAGGUGAGACUCCAUUUUCUUUAGUUUAUGGUUCUGAAGCUGUAAUUCCUGCAGAGAUAGGAGAAGAGUCGCAAAGGAUUGCAAACUUUGAUCCAGGAAGAAAUGGAGAACAACGUGCAUUCGACCUAGACAUAUUGGAAGAGAAAAGAGAAGCAGCGCGGAUAAGGAUGUUGCACCAUAAAAGUCUAAUGCUGAGAGGUCAUGAUAAGAACUUGAAGCCCAGAUCGUUACAGGUCGGGGACCUGGUAUUGAGAAAAGUGGAGGUCUCGAGGCAUGUAGGAAAACUCGAUCCCAACUGGGAGGGGCCUUUCAAAGUGGUUGAGAUCGUCGGGAAAGGCACGUACAAGUUACAGGAUGCUCAAGGCAAGGAGUUACCCCGACCAUGGAAUAUUCAAAACCUCAAGAGAUUUUAUGUUUAAAAUCUCUAUUGAUAUAGUACCGGAGGAUAGGGAAAAGAUCGUUACGUUCAAAAAGAACGAUCUUAGGAAAGUUAAUCUGGAAAAGAUUGUGGUCUGAAAAAGACUGAUGUAAACAAUGACCUGCGAAAGGUUAAACCCUGACCUGAAAAAGGUCACUAAAGUUAGCUUCCCUUCUUUAUCUAUGAAAGAUCAUUUCAA